AACGCCGAAACCUGUGGCAUCAACAAAGGCCAGCUUUCGCAACAAUUAAUACUGCUCACUGACAUCUCCUUACUGGGCCGUUUUGACGUUAUAUUUGACCACUGUUACAAACGUUUCUCGCACACAUUCUCUAAUUCUAGUUGUGCGAUACUUCUCUAAUUCGCAUCCUGUUUACUUUAGUUUUAAUAGGUAGCAGCCUUGGUGCCCUCGUGCAUUGUGGAGACUUUCUUCUGCAGCGCUGCGUGGUGCCUUGCCAACAGGCAUGGCAGAUGGACCAGUGUUCGCUUCGUAUAUGGAAGCGCAUUUAGCGGGGAAAGCAAGUGCCCCAGGUGAAGCUGGCUCCCGUGCAUCAACAGAAGCCUAUGCCUAUGGACCAGCCGGCUCUGCACAGCGCCUUCGGGAACCAAGGAAUUACGUCGUAGGGGAUCCACUGCCUGCCAAGCCCAUCAGUGUCCUUCACAGACCAGUAAAACAACCUAGCGCAAAGAACGCGGAAAACAUUGAUACCCAACACGAGCGUGAUAAGGCGGCCUUUGAGCGACGAGCCAGCGGUUACCGAAGGCUCGCUAAGAACGGCUACCACCACCAUGCGCCGCCUGGAAGUAUCCUAACAACCUUCGAGCGGGGACACAUCGUGGAUAGGGGCCGGGGCAAGAGUGCCGUACAGGAGGCACGUGGCGUGUACGACCCCGUCUGUCACAGCUACCGCGUGGCUCCCGCGUCCACCGAUGCAGCCGCCUCAGAGCGGCCAUGCAGCGCCCCACACAGGAGAGCGGAGGGCUCAGGGCAACAGGAGCCCCCGCAACACCGGCGAAACGGAACAGCGGCUGAGCACAAACUCUUGCAGGUCUACAUGGGGAAGUACAACCCGCUCACGCACGAGUACACCGCCUCGCCGGAGCCGGAGUACGCCAGCCGCAAGGAGAAGGAGUUUGAGCGGCAGCACGGGCUGGGACAGGGCAUGAGGCGGGUGCGGCCGUUCAAGGAGAACGACCCAAUUACGUGGGAGGACUCCAAACACUCGCGUUUCGCGUCUGCCGGGGGUGCUGCCUCUGUUGCCCCCGGCGCUGCGGAGGCAGCUGCCGCAGCACAGCAGCAGCGGCCCAGCAGCGCCCCUGGGAGGAACGCAGCCUCCCGGAAACCCAUGGCGGGAGCAAGCUGGGGCACCUACAACCCCAUCACGCACGAGUGGCAGGUGCCGCCCUCGGACCCCAAGUUCGAGAAGCAGGAGGCCCUCGUGGAGCGGCGACUGGGCGUCAGCGGCAAGAGCGCGGGGCGGACGCAGACUCCCGUGCAGCAGGGUGUGUACAACCCCAUCCUCAACACGUGGACGGUACCGCCGGCGAACCCCCGUGUGAUCGACGGGUUGUCCUUCAUGCCGGCCACGUUGUUUAGCAGGCCCACGGCGGCGACCAUCCGCAUGUGAUGCUGCUGGGUGUUGCCUGGAGUGUGCAGAGUGGGUGGUGGACCGGUGGUGCGUUGGGUGCUUUGUGCAGGACGAAUCCUGGGUUGUGGUGGUGGUGGUGGUGAUGGUGGUGAUGGUGAUGGUGGGCCUGGUGGCAAUUCCAAAGGGUUGUUUCGAAGAUAUCCUACGGCGGCGUAUUUGGGAUUUGCUCCCAUGAGAGGAUGGCUGUUGUCGUAUUCCUGGCGUUGAUGGGCGAUAUCGCCGGUAUAGGGUGUGACAGCAGCUCCACCACUGUUCAUGGGCUUGUUGUUGUAAGCAUCGGUUGCGAGCCUGGACAUAUUGUGAGAGCGUGUGUGUCGGUAACAAUGGAAGCUUCUUCUUCAGAGCGCUUGAUUUGCCUGCGUGCGUGGCUGUGUAGCCGCUACACGUGCGGGGUUAACCACCACAUUCUUGUUGUGCCUGCUGUCACCGACAAGGGUUACAGGGCAUCGCGUAUUGACCUGAGGGCCGAAAAACGUCCGAGCGGUUCCUUUUCCUCCUUCAGCCUUGGGAUAUGUCUGUCCAAAAGGAGGCUGCUACUCAAUCCCCGGAUGCCGUCAUGGACGAUGGGGUACGCACCCCAGUAUGUGUUACGGGGAGGCAACCGGUCUGUGCUGCUCGUUGCUAAGUUCUUGCAACUGCUGAUCAACUCUAGGGGUUGGUACUAAUACGGCCGGCACCCCUAAGCCACUAGACAGCAAUGUAGAGCAUUCAUGUAUGCGCACUGCUUGACGUGUGUGUGUUUUGGCGCGCAAGGCGCUAUUAGGCAUAGCUCUGUAGGAACGAUGUUAGGGGUGUUCUUGGACUUCUGUGAACUGUGCUGUUGCGAUUGUUGAGUACCGGUUGAGUACCUUAGGCAAGGACUUGUGGGAUCUUCAUGCUUUUCAUAUCCGGUUUACUUCAUGUUUCGGCUGCACUCCCCGCAGGGGCAUAUGCAUGUAUCCUUGAGCGAUGCCACAUGUACAAAGCCCGUCAAUGCGGGUUCGGCGUUUGGGGGGAGGGGCACUCCUGGACUGGCAACAUGGCCAUGGCUAAAACACACAAG